AUGCAGCGACAGCGGAUCAAUUUCGACCUCAACCGUGCGAGGAACCGCAUGAGCCAGCGCACCAAUGAGGCCAGCCUGGUGGUGGGGAAGUCUAGGAGUCUACACGAGAUCCGCAGUUCCUCCAGCAGCAGUCUUCUGAACGUACGAACAACAGACCAGUGGAAUAUGGAAACCGCCUCCACCAUACGCGAUUCAGAGCACUCGGCCGCCGUGUCCGAGACGCCAACUCCGCUGUUGACAGAGCCGGUUCAGCUGAGCGUGCGGUUCCACGAAAGCCGUACGUCUGCCGAGGACGUCUUGCUAGACUCAAAUGUGAUACCGGGGAUCAAGGAGGGCGCCGUCUGUGAGUUGGAGUGUUUAGAUGGCUCUGCCCGCAAACUUUAUUUUACCUACAAGCCGUCAGAGGUGUCACUGGGAGGAUUGGGCAACAACAACUACAUCUCGCUGCAAUCAGGGCCUUUGCAACAGCUGCUCGACCUGAAGCUCCGGAGCCAGGUAUUGGUCCGCAUAAAGGCUCCUGAGCUGGUGGAAGCCGACGUUAUUGAGGUGUAUGUCAAGGACAUGCACCUGUCGCGCGGAGACAUGUGGAACUUGUCGUCCAUUCUGACAGAGAAGUGUCUUUAUCGAUCACAAAGACUAUCUUUUCUGCAAAGCUCAAUCCGGGCCACCGUAGGCAAGAUCUACAGAAAUGGCCGCAAAGUGUUUUCCGGAUACGUUGGCCCAAGCACCAAGAUAGUGUUUCGGUCGGAGUCGGCACGCCUGAUUGUGUUCAUUCAGAUAUCCUCUGAGAUGUGGCAUUUUGAAGAGAGCGGCCAGCAGAUGUUCCACAAGCUGGUUAAUUCUCUGCUGCCGCGGAUAUUCCAGCGCUGGAAGGAUUUGAGCACCCACCACUUGAUCACCAUCGUUCUGUUCAGCAGUGUCGACCUGAACCUAGAAACCAACCGCUAUCGUGCCGGGGAGCAGCCAAGCAACCGGAAAGACUACUACCGCGUGGUUGUGGACCAGGUGAGUAUUUUGCUGUGGAACGAGAUCAUGGCUGCCCUUCGCCGUGAGUUUGCCAACUUCUCCAAGGAUAUCCGCUUGCGCAAGAAUCCCCGUCGCACGCACCUGCAUCCCGAAGAGUACAUCAUCGAGGGCUCGUUUCUGCCCUCUGUGAAGGGUAAUCUUCUUGAGGCCAUCAACUUGGGAAUGAGUUUGGUGAGUGACGAUUUUAGAGACCCUGAUCUGCGGCACACCACCAACCAUUUUCUGGUGAUUUCUCCGGGAACCGGCAUCUUCGACACCGAAUACGACAUUCUUGUGCAGACGAGCAAGCUGAUGACGACGAUCGACGCGACGAUCGAUGUCAUCUGUCUUUCGCAGCCGCCGCUCCAUGUUGUUCCGCUGGUGAGGUAUCUGGAUAGCCAAAAGAAGCUGAAACAUUGCAUACCCAGCUGGAUGGACAUUUCUUUCUGGAGCGAUGCCACACAGGCGGUGCACCAAUGGCUUCCACGGUGCAAAAUAUACGAGCUCCAGAUGAUGGGAGUUAUGGAAAAUGACCUCAGUGCAAUCAACGUUAGGGAGCUGGUGUUCUCUGGCGUCACUUCUGUGCAGGAAGCAAUGGACGAAUAUGACAGCGAGCUUUUUGGGACUAAGACCAGCACCUCCCUGCCAAAAAAAACCGUUGCCCGUAUGAAACAGCCUGUCAGGGCCGUGAGUGCUGGCGCGCGCAGCGGGCUGGAGCCGCCGGACCUCAAUACGUUCAAGGCGUCGUCGCCCACGACGUCGACCGUUGUCGGUGUGACAACGACGUCGAAGUCCAACGUGAGUGCCUUUUCGUCACUGCUAUCCAUCACCAAGACAGAACCCAAAAAGACGUCGCCAAAGGCCUUUGAGUUUGUCAAGCGCAUCAUCUCGUCGCCCGGCGUGAAAUCGAUCCCGAUAAAGAACGACGACGACGUGCCGAAGCUCGACACGAUCUCCGUCACCGACCACGGUCCUCGGAUGAGCAAAAUGAGCUCGGAUCCGUCCCUAAGAAAAACUCCGGCUCGUGCUCGCAGCACGGCCGAGGAGCGCGAUAAGUCGCGCCACGAACGCCAGGAAAAAAACUCGCUUCUCAACAGCUACUGGACCCAAGUCGAAAAUCCGUCGAAUGCGGAAACCAGUGAGCUUUUGGGCAUGGUUUCGUACGGACGAUGGCAGUUUGUUUUUCCGCAGAAUGUGAAGCGGAAAAGCAUCAAAUGGAAAUCCAUCUCCACGCCAGCCUCGCUCCCGCUGAUGACUCCUGUGUUCCCGAGCGUUUCUGAUUUCAAUCAGAACUUCACCUUCAGAAUAUACGACGUGUUUCUAAGCCAGGCAGACGUCAACGAGGGACGCAACAGCGAGACGCUGAUGCGGAAAAUGAUAUCACUGCGGCUCACUCUGGGCUUCCAGAUCUGUGUGGCAGAAAACGUGGCCAAAGUCGAAAACCAGCGCAAACCCAACGGAGACUCUAAGCUGCUGGUUCGGUAUCUCACCAAGAAAAAUUAUCUUGGGUCUCGGAUAUACUUAAGUCUGUCGAACGAGAUACACCGCAUCAGCUGCGAUUUCGACGGACUGGUGAACGUCCAGGUGUACAAAAGGAUGAGCCGGCCGGACGACGUGCUCACGAGGUCGUCGCGGUCGGACUACAUGCCGUACGUUCGCACACGGUAUUCCCAGGAGUACAAGUCUAUGGUGAUCCAUGCGUUGCAAGGAGAGCCGAGAAACUACAAUUGGAACCAGCUGGACCAGCUGCUAGCAGGAUACGAGGAGACGGUGGAGCCUGCGCAACGGCGCAGCCACCGCAUCAAAUUCGUCAUUCUGCCUACAGAGAUUCCGUCCAACGCUUUCAAUCUGGCCUCGGAAAAACUCACUCCAGAGGAAAUCCGGCUGGAAGGUAUACGCUCUUUGAUUUCCAUCAUUAACAGACUGAAAUACCGCACGGCUGGCGAGAAGACGGAGCGCAAGAGGCUGGAGAUUAUCCCGGAAAUCAACUUUUACACAGGCAACCUGUUUAGCUACCUGAGAGCGGUGUCUGCGCAACUAUCUGAAGAAAAUAAGACGAGCUCGCUUUUCCAGACAGCCAGAUUCAACCAAAAAGUCAACCUAUCUGAGCUCAAGAAGGCCAUCGAGGGAGACAAAGGCAUCCAGGUGGUGGACAGGAAAUGGCAUCUGCGAACCCAUCCCAACUGUUUCCUGGGAAUGGACCUGGUCAGCUGGAUGAUAGAAAAUUUCGAAGACAUCGAUACAAGAGAACAGGCUGUUGAGUACGGUAACAAGCUCAUGGAGCAGGGUCUGUUCCGCCAUGUUGAGUCCAGACACCGUUUUCUGGACGGCCAUUACUUCUACCAGCUCAUCAACGAGGACUCGGCUGCGGGCUCAGCCAAGUCGCCUGCUUCGCUGCGCAAGUCGGAGACUGAGAAAAAUAGCGAGAACUCCGUCUUUUCAAGCCCUACAGAGGACUCUGGGUCCAAGAAGCGCGUUGUCCUGAGCCGUAAGGUCACGUGCGACCUCGACCCUAACGGCGUCUCGUGGCAGCCGGAGCUUAUCACUGUCCAUUACGAUAUUGUGCACAACCCGGAGCACUGUUUCCAUGUGCGGCUGGAGUGGCUCAACAACACCUCCAAACUGGUGGAGGACACGGUCAACAGCUGGGCCAAGCACUGCGAACGGUACGGGCUGACUCUUGUCGAGGCUCCGUGGCAGGAGCUUUGCACGUUGCCGACGCGCAACCCGCUGCAUUCCACGGUGGACAUCUCGCUAGCUUUUGAUCCCUGGACAGAUCCUGAGUUUGCGGGAGACCUCCUCAAGGAGAACAAAUACUUCUACCACCUCUACAUCAUUGAAAAGUGCGGUUUCCUGUUAGACAACCGCACAGCUACGUAUUUCAGGGACGACGACUUUGACGUGGUAUAUUCCUGGGGAAAACCAUCUUUCAAGUACGCGCAGUUCAUUCACAAGACCGGCGCAUACAUUGCCGAGUUGCGGGAGAACGGAGGGUUCUUUCUAGCUCCAAACAACGCCCACGUGGCUCGUGUCAACCUCUCUGUUAGCCAGCAGGCGAAAAACCAGGCUGUGUACCUCGACUCGCAGGGUGUGAUGCUGGACUUCAUGUCGAUCUGCCAGGACGAGAACAAGCUUCGCAGGCUUUUCAGAGAGGCGAAGAGGAGAUUCGAGGUGAGCAAGGACGUGGAAAUUGCGCUUUUCGAAGACGAUCUGGAGAACACGUCCAGCCACAACAGCUUCAAUAGUAAAUGA